AACAAUAGAAAGGGAGAAAAGUAAAAUAAAUUAAAGAGAGAGCUUCACCAAACUCAUCACCGCCCCCCUUUUAUUUAUUUUUCUUAUAAUUCCCUCUUCUCCUUUACUUUCCUUCUCCAACCCUGUCUCUCUCUAACAUCCCCUUCUCCUCCCAGGAAAUGGAAUGCGUUGAGGUAGCCUUGAAGAGCAGCUUUAGAAAGGAGAUGGCUAUGAUUUCAAGCCCCCAAGCGUUUUUGGAUGAUAUUUGGGUUGUUAAUGGACAAACUGUUGUUUCUUCCGAUGACUUCUCCGUUGACGACCUCUUUGACUUCAGUAAUGAAGAGGGUUUCCUUCAACAACAACAACAACGUGAACAUGAAGAAGAAGAAGAAGAAGAAGAAGAAGAAGAAGAACGAGUACGGGCUUCUUCUUCUUCGCCUAAGAGACAAAAGCUAAGCCAAGGCACAAUCUUUUCCAACGACAGAACUACUAAUCUCGAUUACACUUCCUUAUCCGCCAACGAACUGGCUGUCCCGGCGGAUGACGUUGAGAACCUUGAAUGGUUGUCUCAUUUCGUUGAGGAUUCCUUCUCAGAGCACUCUACGGCUUACCCCACCGGAACGUUGCUCGUGAACAAAUUGCCUGACCAGGAAAAACCGAUUACGACUUGUUUUGAAACGCCUGUUCCGGCGAAAGCCAGAAGCAAGCGUGCUCGAACCGGCGACAGAGUUUGGUCCCUUGUCGCCUCCCCUUCUCUUACAGAAUCAUCUUCGAGUUCCACGUCAUCAUCUUCCUCCUCCAGCCCUUCACCUUGGUUGCUUUGCCCAAACAGUUGUUCCGGUUCAACCUUUGAACUGUCAGAACUGGUUUCUGUGGAAAAUCCGCCGGUUAAGAAGCAUAAGAAGAGACUGUCGACCGACUCGACAGGUUGUAAUGGGACCCAAGCGACGCGUAGGUGCGGCCAUUGUGGAGUUACGAAGACGCCACAAUGGAGAGCCGGUCCAAUGGGCGCAAAGACCUUAUGUAACGCUUGUGGGGUCAGGUUUAAGUCGGGUAGGCUUUUACCCGAGUAUAGACCGGCUUGUAGCCCAACGUUUUCAAGCGAGUUGCACUCGAACCAUCACCGGAAAGUGCUGGAGAUGCGGCGCAAGAAGGAAACAUUGGGUGAGGCCGAACCCCGUCUAGCUCCUCCAGUUGUGCCAAGUUUUGGAUAGCAUUACUGCAUUAGGCAAAAACCAGAUAGAUUUUAGAGCAGUAUACUGAAUAGGAGGAUAGAGUGAGGGAAUGAACCCGGUUGAUUGUUUCCGGUUUCAAAGGCCCGAGUUAGUUAUAGGGUGGGUGGGUAGGUUUUUAGCAUAGGGAUGUAACUGAUUUAGAGAGGAGUGUAUUUAAUCUUUAUUUAAUUACCCCUCAAUUAUUUUGAAUUUCCUUUUAGAGUUUUUAUUGCAUCAAUGAAUUUUGGGUUUAAU